AUGGCUGUAUUCGGAUUGGCUUCCGCGGUAGCCGGCUUCGUGAAAGUCCGUUACCUCAUUGACAAAGCCGUCAUCGACAACAUGGUUUUCAGGAUGCACUACAGGAUAACUUCUGCUAUUUUAUUUCUAUCUUGCAUCCUUGUAACUGCUAACAAUUUAAUUGGUGACCCGAUUUCUUGCAUCAGCGACGGAGCUGUUCCAGGCCAUGUCUUGAACACCUAUUGCUGGAUUACUUACACGUUCACCCUGCCAUAUAGCGGUUCUAAAGGAGUCGCUCACCCCGGUCUUGGUAACGACUUUGACGAAGAGAAACGAAUUCAUUCAUACUAUCAAUGGGUUCCAUUUAUGCUCUUCUUCCAGGGUAUUCUUUUCUACAUUCCUCACUGGAUCUGGAAGAACUGGGAAGAAGGCAAAGUACGAAUGAUUUCCGAGGGGAUGCGAGGAACUAUGGCCACUAUUGCUGACGAUAAAACUAAGAGCCAGAAUCGCUUGGUCCAAUACCUACUUGACACUCUCCAUAUGCACAACACCUACUCUUUCGGUUACUUCUUCUGCGAAUUCCUAAAUUUUGUCAAUGUUGUUGGAAACAUAUUUUUCUUGGAUACUUUCCUCGGCGGCGCAUUUUUAUCCUAUGGAACUGAUGUGGUUAAAUUCUCUAAUAUGAAUCAGGAACAACGCACUGACCCAAUGAUCGAAGUAUUUCCUAGAGUCACAAAGUGUACUUUCCACAAAUACGGAGCUUCUGGAACAAUCCAGAAACACGACGCACUUUGUGUUCUCGCUCUAAAUAUUCUCAACGAGAAGAUAUUCAUUUUCCUUUGGUUCUGGUUUAUUAUUCUUUCCGUUGUUUCUGGUUUGGCUCUAGUUUACUCAACAGCUGUCAUUCUUUUGCCAAGUACCCGCGAGACUAUUCUUAAAAGACGAUUCCGAUUCGGAUCUCCCAAUGGCGUUGAAGCUCUCGUUAGGAAGACUCAGGUUGGGGACUUUCUUCUGCUGCAUUUGCUGGGACAGAAUAUUUCGCUUCGUGUAUUCGGUGAGGUGUUAGAUGAACUAGCCCGUCGACUUCAUCUCGGCUCUAACCCGCCAUCGGCACCUUCUACGCUAGAAAUGGCACCGAUAUAUCCCGAUAUCGACAAGUUCUCUAAGGAGAGCGAGACGUAGAGUAGUGAAAAUUUAAUAUGUAGUAAUAUACCCACACGAUUAUAUCAAAAAUAAUGAAAGAAACUACUCUAACGCGUUGUUUGAGAAUUGUCUGCUUGUUGAUCUUCUAGCCUUGUUAUAACUUCCACGCUGAGUUCUCAAAUUUGUUUUAGAGCUAUAUAGAUACAAAAUGGGGUAUAUUGAAUAAAAAUCGUGUAUAAAGCGGUUAAUAUUUCAGCAGUAAGUGUACAUUGACUAUACAACUUACUAAAGUUCAUGACAUUCCUGUUUUAUAAUAGGCGAUACUAGUUUUUACAAGCCGUAUUUGCCUUAGCGAAGCGUUAGCUUUCAAACUCAGGGUCUCAAUAAAUAUUAAGACAUUUUUGAAAUUUUUUAAUUAGUUAAAUGUUUGUAUUCGAAGAAAAUUUGAUGCAUGUAUGAACUUUUUGAUAUAUGUUAAAUUGAAUGAAUUUAUUGUUGUUUUUAUAUCAAAACGCUAAAGACUGCGUAGACUAAUUGGUUUGAAAAAGAUGAAUUCUAAAAUAAUUACGUUUAAUUAAUUAAGUAUGUGUAUAUUGUAUACGAAUAUUCAGUGUAUACACUAUGUCAAACAUUUUUAAUAAAAUAGGUAUAAUGAAUGAUACUUGUGAUAAGGUUAAAAAUGACGUUAUAUCAUUUAUGAAAAGAAUGGCAUACAUAUCAGAAGCUCAACAUUUCUGUCAUAUUAAAAAAAAAAAUCUUUUUAUUUUACAAUAUGACAGUUGAAUACAUCUAAUUUUGAUGUAUUAAGGUAUUAUAAAUCAUUUGAUAUAACCUCCUACUAGUAGAAAGACAAAUAAUAAAAAAGGCAAUAGAGAAGUACAAACAGUUUCUUUUGUAAACAUAUGUAACAGUUUGACUUGCCUUUUAAUAGUAUACAUAAACGUAUAGGUUAAGAAAUUUGGUGCAAAAGUCAAGGUGUUUAAUCUGUAGAAGAUAUACUCGUUACACUCAAAUAUUAGUGCCAUUUAACAUAUACUUUUCGAAAAUUCCUCGCCAGAUAUGCAUUUUCGUAAUAAAUGUCUCGUAACUACAGAUUUUCAUCAUUCCAUAAGAAUUGUAUUCCUUUUAAUACAUUUAGUUUAGAUUUAAAUGGCUAUUACAGUCAUCUAAGCCAUAUUCAUUAAAUAAGAUCGUAUAAUACUGGACUUCACGAAUCUCGUUAUAAAAAUAGCAUAAUAAGCUCUGUUGUAUUGCUAUUACAAUGUUUUAACUGUGUAUUGUAAUUAAACUAGAUAUAAUUCAUUUAUUCCGUACUCUUGGUACAUACAUGUUAUUAUAGUACAUUUUACUUUUAUCUAGCUUUUUUUUUCUUAGGAUCAUCGAUUAAUAUUAAGGUUAAAACAUUUAAUUCGACCCACUGAAAUGUAAAUUAGUUUUUAAUCAACAUAUAUAAGAUUUUCAAAGGAUCCUAUUUAGCAUUCCGAUAUCAUGAAAUUGUAAGAACUUGCCAGACUAUUGUAAUUGCAUUUUUGGUUUUAGCCUUUUAAUUAAACAAAUCAAUAAAUGCGA